GAGCUGCUGCCAUUGCCACUCAGAAUCCCCGCGCGCUGCUCGGAGCCGGAGGGAGCGCUGGGAGCGAGCAAGCGAGCGUUUGGAGCCCGGGCCAGCAGAGGGGGCGCCCGGUCGCUGCCUGUACCGCUCCCGCUGGCCAUCUCCGCCGCGCUCGGGGGCCCCGGGAGGAGCGAGACCGAGUCGGAGAGUCCGGGAGCCGAGCCGGGCGAAACCCAACUGCGGAGGACGUCCGCCCCACUCAGCCGCCUCCUGCGCCCGAGCCGGGGAGCAUCGCCGAGCGCCCCGCGGGCCGGAGAGCUGGGAGCACAGGUCCCGGCAGCCCCAGGGAUGGUCUAGGAGCCGGCGUAAGGCUCGCUGCUCUGCUCCCUGCCGGGGCUAGCCGCCUCCUGCCGAUCGCCCGGGGCUGCGAGCUGCGGCGGCCCGGGGCUGCUCGCCGGGCGGCGCAGGCCGGAGAAGUUAGUUGUGCGCGCCCUUAGUGCGCGGAACCAGCCAGCAAGCGAGGGAGCAGCGAGGCCCCGGGACCAUGGGCUGGGGGAGCCGCUGCUGCUGCCCGGGACAUUUGGACCUGCUGUGCGUGCUGGCGCUGCUCGGGGGCUGCCUGCUCCCCGUGUGCCGGACGCGCGUCUACACCAACCACUGGGCAGUCAAAAUCGCCGGGGGCUUCCCGGAGGCCAACCGUAUCGCCAGCAAGUACGGAUUCAUCAACAUAGGACAGAUAGGGGCCCUGAAGGACUACUACCACUUCUACCAUAGCAGGACGAUUAAAAGGUCAGUUAUCUCGAGCAGAGGGACCCACAGUUUCAUUUCAAUGGAACCAAAGGUGGAAUGGAUCCAACAGCAAGUGGUAAAAAAGCGGACAAAGAGGGAUUAUGACUUCAGUCGUGCCCAGUCUACCUAUUUCAAUGAUCCCAAGUGGCCCAGCAUGUGGUAUAUGCACUGCAGUGACAAUACACAUCCCUGCCAGUCUGACAUGAAUAUCGAAGGAGCCUGGAAGAGAGGCUACACGGGAAAGAACAUUGUGGUCACUAUCCUGGAUGACGGAAUUGAGAGAACCCACCCAGAUCUGAUGCAAAACUACGAUGCUCUGGCAAGUUGCGACGUGAAUGGGAAUGACUUGGACCCAAUGCCUCGUUAUGAUGCAAGCAACGAGAACAAGCACGGGACUCGCUGUGCUGGAGAAGUGGCAGCCGCUGCAAACAAUUCGCACUGCACAGUCGGAAUUGCUUUCAACGCCAAGAUCGGAGGAGUGCGAAUGCUGGACGGAGAUGUCACGGACAUGGUUGAAGCAAAAUCAGUUAGCUUCAACCCCCAGCACGUGCACAUUUACAGCGCCAGCUGGGGCCCGGAUGAUGAUGGCAAGACUGUGGACGGACCAGCCCCCCUCACCCGGCAAGCCUUUGAAAACGGCGUUAGAAUGGGGCGGAGAGGCCUCGGCUCUGUGUUUGUUUGGGCAUCUGGAAAUGGCGGAAGGAGCAAAGACCACUGCUCCUGUGAUGGCUACACCAACAGCAUCUACACCAUCUCCAUCAGCAGCACUGCAGAAAGCGGAAAGAAACCUUGGUACCUGGAAGAGUGUUCAUCCACGCUGGCCACAACCUACAGCAGCGGGGAGUCCUACGAUAAGAAAAUCAUCACUACAGAUCUGAGGCAGCGUUGCACGGACAACCACACUGGGACGUCAGCCUCAGCCCCCAUGGCUGCAGGCAUCAUUGCACUGGCCCUGGAAGCCAAUCCGUUUCUGACCUGGAGAGACGUACAGCAUGUUAUUGUCAGGACUUCCCGUGCGGGACAUUUGAACGCUAAUGACUGGAAAACCAAUGCUGCUGGUUUUAAGGUGAGCCAUCUUUAUGGAUUUGGACUGAUGGACGCAGAAGCCAUGGUGAUGGAGGCAGAGAAGUGGACCACCGUUCCCCGGCAGCACGUGUGUGUGGAGAGCACAGACCGACAAAUCAAGACAAUCCGCCCUAACAGUGCAGUACGCUCCAUCUACAAAGCUUCGGGCUGCUCGGAUAACCCCAACCGCCACGUCAACUACCUGGAGCACGUCGUUGUGCGCAUCACCAUCACCCACCCCAGGAGAGGAGACCUGGCCAUCUACCUGACCUCGCCCUCUGGAACUAGGUCUCAGCUUUUGGCCAACAGGCUAUUUGAUCACUCCAUGGAAGGAUUCAAAAACUGGGAGUUCAUGACCAUUCAUUGCUGGGGAGAAAGAGCUGCUGGUGACUGGGUCCUUGAAGUUUAUGAUACUCCCUCUCAGCUAAGGAACUUUAAGACUCCAGGUAAAUUGAAAGAAUGGUCUUUGGUCCUCUAUGGCACCUCCGUGCAGCCAUAUUCACCAACCAAUGAAUUUCCGAAAGUGGAACGGUUCCGCUAUAGCCGAGUUGAAGACCCCACAGACGACUAUGGCACAGAGGAUUAUGCAGGUCCCUGCGACCCUGAGUGCAGUGAGGUUGGCUGUGACGGGCCAGGACCAGACCACUGCAAUGACUGUUUGCACUACUACUACAAGCUGAAAAACAAUACCAGGAUCUGCGUCUCCAGCUGCCCCCCUGGCCACUACCACGCCGACAAGAAGCGCUGCAGGAAGUGUACCCCCAACUGUGAGUCCUGCUUUGGGAGCCAUGGUGACCAAUGCAUGUCCUGCAAAUAUGGAUACUUUCUGAAUGAAGAAACCAACAGCUGUGUUACUCACUGCCCUGAUGGGUCAUAUCAGGAUACCAAGAAAAAUCUUUGCCGGAAAUGCAGUGAAAACUGCAAGACAUGUACUGAAUUCCAUAACUGUACAGAAUGUAGGGAUGGGUUAAGCCUGCAGGGAUCCCGGUGUUCUGUCUCCUGUGAAGAUGGACGGUAUUUCAAUGGCCAGGACUGCCAGCCCUGCCACCGCUUCUGCGCCACUUGUGCUGGGGCAGGAGCUGAUGGGUGCAUUAACUGCACAGAGGGCUACUUCAUGGAGGAUGGGAGAUGCGUGCAGAGCUGUAGUAUCAGCUAUUACUUUGACCACUCUUCAGAGAAUGGAUACAAAUCCUGCAAAAAAUGUGAUAUCAGUUGUUUGACAUGCAAUGGCCCAGGAUUCAAGAACUGUACAAGCUGCCCUAGUGGGUAUCUCUUAGACUUAGGAAUGUGUCAAAUGGGAGCCAUUUGCAAGGAUGGAGAAUAUGUUGAUGAGCAUGGCCACUGCCAGACCUGUGAGGCCUCAUGUGCCAAGUGCCAGGGACCAACCCAGGAAGACUGCACUACCUGCCCCAUGACAAGGAUUUUUGAUGAUGGCCGCUGUGUUUCGAACUGUCCCUCAUGGAAAUUUGAAUUUGAGAACCAAUGCCAUCCAUGCCACCACACCUGCCAGAGAUGCCAAGGAAGUGGCCCUACCCACUGCACCUCCUGCGGAGCAGACAACUAUGGCCGAGAGCACUUCCUGUACCAAGGAGAGUGUCGAGAUAGCUGCCCAGAGGGCCACUAUGCCACUGAGGGGAACACCUGCCUGCCCUGCCCAGACAACUGUGAGCUUUGUCACAGCGUGCAUGUCUGCACAAGAUGCAUGAAGGGCUACUUCAUAGCACCCACCAACCACACGUGCCAGAAGUUAGAGUGUGGACAAGGUGAAGUCCAAGAUCCAGACUAUGAAGAAUGUGUCCCUUGUGAAGAAGGAUGUCUGGGAUGCAGCUUGGAUGAUCCAGGAAGAUGCACAUCUUGCGCUAUGGGGUAUUACAGGUUUGAUCACCAUUGUUAUAAAACCUGUCCUGAGAAGACCUACAGUGAGGAAGUGGAAUGCAAGGCGUGUGAUAGUAACUGUGGCAGCUGUGACCAGAAUGGGUGUUACUGGUGUGAAGAGGGCUUCUUUCUCUUAGGUGGCAGUUGUGUGAGGAAAUGUGGUCCUGGAUUCUAUGGUGACCAAGAAAUGGGAGAAUGUGAGUCCUGCCACCGAGCGUGCGAAACCUGCACAGGCCCUGGUCAUGACGAGUGCAGCAGCUGCCGGGAAGGACUGCAGCUGCUGCGUGGGAUGUGCGUGCAUGCCACCAAGACCCAGGAGGAGGGCAAAUUCUGGAAUGAUAUUUUGAGAAAACCCCAGCCUUGUCAUUCUUCUUGUAAAACCUGCAAUGGAUCUGCAACUCUGUGCACUUCAUGUCCCAAAGGUGCAUAUCUUCUGGCUCAGGCCUGUGUUUCCUCCUGUCCCCAAGGCACAUGGCCUUCCGUAAGGAGCGGGAGCUGCGAGAACUGUACGGAGGCCUGUGCCAUCUGCUCUGGAGCCGAUCUUUGCAAAAAAUGCCAGAUGCAGCCAGGCCACCCUCUCUUCCUCCAUGAAGGCAGGUGCUACUCCAAGUGCCCGGAGGGCUCUUAUGCAGAAGACGGCAUAUGUGAACGCUGUAGCUCUCCUUGCAGAACAUGUGAAGGAAACGCCACCAACUGCCAUUCUUGUGAAGGAGGCCACGUCCUGCACCACGGAGUGUGCCAGGAAAACUGCCCCGAGAGGCACGUGGCUGUGGAGGGGGUAUGCAAGCAUUGCCCAGAGAUGUGUCAGGACUGCAUCCAUGAGAAAACAUGCAAAGAGUGCAUGCCUGAGUUCUUCCUGCAUGAUGAUAUGUGCCACCAGUCCUGUCCCCGUGGCUUCUACGCAGACUCGCGCCACUGUGUCCCCUGCCAUAAAGACUGUCUGGAGUGCAGUGGCCCCAAAGCCGACGACUGCGAGCUCUGUCUUGAGAGUUCCUGGGUCCUCUAUGAUGGACUGUGCUUGGAGGAGUGUCCAGCAGGAACCUAUUAUGAAAAGGAGACUAAGGAGUGCAGAGAUUGCCACAAGUCCUGCUUGACCUGCUCAUCGUCUGGGACCUGCACCGCCUGUCAGAAAGGCCUGAUCAUGAACCCUCGUGGGAGCUGCAUGGCCAACGAGAAAUGCGCACCCUCCGAGUACUGGGAUGAGGAUGCUCCCGGGUGCAAGCCCUGCCAUGUUAAGUGCUUCCACUGCAUGGGGCCGGCGGAGGACCAGUGUCAAACAUGCCCCACGAACAGCCUUCUUCUCAACACAACCUGUGUGAAGGACUGCCCAGAGGGCUAUUAUGCUGAUGAGGAGAGCAACCGGUGUGCCCCCUGCCACAGCUCUUGCAGGACAUGUGAAGGGAGACACAGCAGGCAGUGCCACUCCUGCCGACCGGGCUGGUUCCAGCUAGGAAAAGAGUGCCUGCUCCAGUGCAGGGAAGGAUAUUACGCAGACAACUCCACUGGCCGGUGUGAGAGGUGCAACAGGAGCUGCAAGGGGUGCCAGGGCCCACGGCCCACAGACUGCCUGUCUUGCGAUAGAUUUUUCUUUCUGCUCCGUUCCAAAGGAGAGUGUCAUCGCUCCUGCCCAGACCAUUACUAUGUAGAGCAAAGCACACAGACCUGUGAGAGAUGCCAUCCAACCUGUGAUCAAUGCAAAGGAAAAGGAGCGUUGAAUUGUUUAUCCUGUGUAUGGAGUUACCACCUCAUGGGAGGGAUCUGCACCUCGGACUGUCUUGUUGGGGAAUACAGAGUGGGGGAGGGAGAGAAGUUUAACUGUGAAAAAUGCCACGAGAGCUGCAUGGAAUGCAAGGGACCAGGGGCCAAGAACUGCACCUUGUGCCCUGCCAACCUGGUGCUGCACAUGGACGACAGCCGCUGCCUCCACUGCUGCAACACCUCCGAUCCCCCCAGUGCCCAGGAGUGCUGUGACUGCCAGGACACCACGGACGAAUGCAUCCUUCGAACAAGCAAGGUUAGGCCUGCAACUGAGCAUUUCAAGACAGCUCUGUUCAUCACCUCCUCCAUGAUGCUGGUGCUUCUGCUCGGGGCAGCUGUGGUAGUGUGGAAGAAAUCUCGCGGCCGAGUCCAGCCAGCAGCAAAGGCCGGCUAUGAAAAACUGGCCGACCCCAACAAGUCUUACUCCUCCUAUAAGAGCAGCUAUAGAGAGAGCACCAGCUUUGAAGAGGAUCAGGUGAUUGAGUACAGGGAUCGGGACUAUGAUGAGGAUGAUGAUGAUGACAUCGUCUACAUGGGCCAGGAUGGCACAGUCUACCGGAAAUUUAAGUAUGGGCUGCUGGAUGACGAUGACAUAGAUGAGCUGGAAUAUGAUGACGAGAGUUACUCCUACUACCAGUAAACAGGCACUACCCCCCCGCCAACA